CAUCCUUCGUCUACAAACCAAAAUGGCGACUACCACGGAUUUAGCACCGUGACAGUUCGACCGAAAUUGUGCAACUCUUCAGUGUUCUCAAAAUAGACCUGAACCGUCUAAAAGUACAUGACCUUGCCUGUUUGGGUCUUAAUUUUGAAUUUAAUUAAUUAAUUGGUUGGUAAAUUAUUGUUGUGUACCUACAGUUGUUGUAGUCUUGCUGCAGUGUAACGUUACUGUAAAACAAGGAUGCAUGGUGCAGUGUCUUGCUAGCAGAUAUCUAGCUAGCUAAUGCAAGACCAUGGCCCUUCACAGACUAUCCUUGAGAUUACGACAAACGGUAGCGCAGGUGCGGCCGCUCCAUGGCAGUGGGUGUGGCCAGCAGCAGGAGGCGAUUGGCAUGGAGACGAGACCGGAGACAUUCUCCAUCUUCAGAACACAGGAGAACGACCCAGCCUGUCAGUCAGAACAGCACCUAGGGCAGUACUACACUGUGCCCCCCUCCCACUUCCACACUGUCUUCCCCCAUGGCCUGCCUCCACGAUACCAACAACAGGUGAAGACGUUUAACGAGGGCUGUGUGAUGGUGAGGCAGCCUGCUCUGGAGCUGAUAUCUCACCUGAAGAGAGCUGACUACAGCAAGCCCACCCUGCGCUACCUACUCUAUGGGGUGAAGGGCAGUGGGAAGACCAUGUCUCUCUGUCAUACUGUCCACUACUGCUCCACACAGGGAUGGCUAGUACUACACAUACCAGAUGCCCACCUGUGGGUGAAGAACUGUAAGGAGCUGUUGCCCUCCUCCUACCACGCCUCCCGCUUUGACCAGCCAAUACAGGCCUCCAACUGGCUACGCAACUUCAGAACCACCAAUGAACACUUCCUUUCUAAGAUCAAGUUGAGGCAGCGGUACGUGUGGACUAAGCGAGAGAGCACUGAGGAGGGACGGCCACUAGGGGAGCUGGUGGACAUGGGAGUGUCUCGUGUGAAGAGCAGCAGUGAUGUGGUGGGGGCAGUUCUAAAGGAGCUGAGGCUACAGGCUGGGGGGACAGAGGGGGGCUUCAGGCUGGCUGUGGCUGUUGAUGGAGUCAACGGUCUCUGGGGAAGGACCACGCUCAAGAAGGAGGACAAGAGCCCUGUGGCUCCAGAGGAGUUGACGUUGGUUCAUAACUUGAGGAAGAUGAUCAACAAUGACUGGUGUGGAGGGGCGGUCAUCGCCACUCUGUCUCAGACAGGAUCUCUCUACGCUCCAAGCUCUGCCUACCUGCCCCAGGAGCUGCUGGGAGAGGAGGGCUUUGACAGCAUGGACCCGUUUGUCCCAGUACCAGUCUCCCUCUACAGUGAGAAGGAGUUUGAGAGCUGUUACCUCUACUACCUGGACCGCCACUGGCUACAACACCCACACAGUCAGACAGAGGAAGGGAAGAAAGAACUGAUCUUCCUCAGCAACAGAAACCCUUCUGUACUGGAGAGACUGUGUGCCUUCCUGUAACAUCACACAUGGGCCCACACCCUCCCACUCACACACACCCAUAAUCAUGGACAAACCAUAUAGAUAGAGGACUCAUCUUUAUAUCUGUGCCUUUACAGCAUCUGUGACAGCAUGGGCAGUGCCAUUGAGGCUACAACCCAUAGGAAUCCCCACUCAGUUGACUACUAUAAGAUGGUGGAAGCCUUCGAUGGUGCUGCCCACACAACAUCAAGGCCACUAGCGGCCUCUAUCAUUCUCUAUGGGACAACCGCCAAUACAGACUCAUACAUAACUACAAUGUUAUAUUCCAUGUAUAUGUGUGUGUCCCCCCAUAAAUUAUUCUGUUGUGAUGCAUGAUAGUGUGUCUUUUUCAUAAUAAAAAUGUACAUGAAAAACA